AUAACCAGUGAGACAAGUGUGUCCAAGGAAAGUUGACUCCACCUGAGCUGUGUGGAAGGCACAAAUAUGUCCUGCAGGUUCUUAUGUGAUGGAAAACGCGUAUCAUGCGUAUCAAAGUACGGAUACAGGACAAAGACAGACAUGCAUUUCAGAUAUUUACAUUGUAUGUAAGCAGCCCCCAGCUCAUAGAUGUCCAUGUUUAUUUUGACAGUGAGCAACAUCAGGUGUCCCAGCUAUACAGUCAAGCGGAAACAAUUUCCUGGUUGUCAAACAUGUCGGGUGUGUGGAUACUGACUGUCACCGUGGUCACAUCGGCUUUCUGGAUACAGGUUAUAAUUGGUACCAGCUGCCCGAUAGGAAGGUUCGGAGACACGUGUAGCUACUCAUGCCAAUGUACUCCACCCUGUAACCAGACAACGGGAGUCUGCAACGGUGCCUGUGAUCCUGGAUGGUUUGGUGGGAAUGGGCAAACCUGUCAGAAAGGAAACAUUGCCUACAAACAGACAGCAACUUCAUCCCAAACUGAAUACUCAUUUCAUGGCUGGACUGCAGACAAAGUUGUAGAUGGGAACCGGGACCAGUAUGUGUUCGGCAACUCCUGCUUCAUCUCUUCUCUUUCCCGUGGAGCUGUGUGGACAGUGGACCUCGGACAGCAGUACAGGAUACACGACGUCAGGAUAUACAACCGGGCAGGAUAUAUUGAGCGGAUCAGGACUGCUGUCCUCUCCCUGAGUAACUCCAACAGCUCCACACCCGGCGUCACCUGCUACACAUUCCCCUCUGACACAGCUAAAACAAACAACAGCGUGUACGACGUGACGUGUGACGGCACAGGGAGAUACUUCACCAUCAGACAUAGCACAAUGCUAAAUCUGUGUGAGGUGGAGAUUUAUGUUUGUAGCCCAGGAGCCUUCGGCGAUAGCUGCAAUAUGUUCUGCCAUUGCCCCCAAGCAACGUGUGACCCAGUCAGUGGUGUGUGUCCAGGAUACUGUAGACCAGGCUUGCAGGGAGAGAGAUGUGAUACAGCAUGCUCAAGUGGAAGCUAUGGACAGAAAUGCAGCAAUGCUUGUACUGACAGGAAGUGUGCGGGAGACUCGCCAUGUGAUCACGUACGAGGGACAUGUGUUGCCGGGUGUGAGCCAGGGUGGAUGAGUGAAGACUGCAGAGAAGCAUGCUCAACUGGAAGUUAUGGACAGAGCUGCGGAAACUAUUGCACAGACAGGAAGUGUGCAGGAGACUCGCCAUGUGAUCACGUACGAGGGACAUGUGUUGCCGGGUGUGAGCCAGGGUGGAUGAGUGAAGACUGCAGAGAAGCAUGUGAUAUAAAUCAUUACGGAGCUAACUGUGACAAGACAUGUGCCUCCAGACACUGUGUGGGGAACUCUUCCUGUAGCGCAACAGGGAACUGUGACAGGGGAUGUGAUACAGGAUGGGCACAAGCGGACUGUACAGAAGAUGCGAGGUGUGUACAAGCCGCCGGGUAUAACGUGAGCCAAUUGGCUGUCGCAGUGGUUCUUGCAUUCGUGGCUGGUGCUGUAGUAGGUGCCAUCGUCAGUGCUGUUAUCUGGAGGAGAAGGAACAGAUGCCUACACAAGACAUCUGAAUCGCGCCCAACCACUGUAUCACUCGUUCCAACUGAACGACCGCAGGUCAGUGAAGACGUUUGCCCAGAAACUAGGACAUACGACAGUCUCAAUGCCGUCUCAUAUGACGCCAAGAUGAAAGGAGAGCCAUGCACCGUUAAAUCUGGCAAAACAGAUAUAGAAACUGAUGUCACUGUUCUGACGUCAUGUGACGUGUCUGACUCUAUCGCAGCAGGGACCUAUGAAACCCUUGACAACACGUCACGGGGAACGGAUGGUGAAUACAGUGAGAUCGGGAAGGUUGAGUGACUCUCUAUUGACAAACUUACUGUUUAAAUAAAAUGAUAUAUUGGUACUUGAACGUAUAUUCGCGACAGGUGCCCGUUAGCUCUAAGAUUUUUUUUUCUAUGUUCGUUGGUUUAAGAUUGUGAUAAAUAAAUUCAUUAUUUACGUAUUUCUGUAGCCUCGUGUCUAUUGACGCACAGACACUACACAGACACAGUUACAAUGUGAAUUGUGUAAGUUCAAUGAGAGCUAUGCUGUAACCCAAUGUCCUCUGAUGUGAACUGAUAAUAUUAAUACUUAAGACCUAACGUAAUUAAGAACUGACCUUCACUUUGUGUGAGU